AUGACGGUCAACUUCGAGGUCCAGGUACUCGCUCUCUCUCGAUCUCUUUCCCAUUCUCCCCAGUGUAAUAGUACUAAAUCCGCAGACGAAUGCCGACGACUUGCCGCCAAUCCAGAACAUUCCGACCGAAGUGGUCCGCGAGUUGAACGGCGAGAAGCUGCUCGAUCGGACCACUUUCUUCACCGAGUUCUCCACGAAUGCCUACCUCGAGGACUUCUACACCAAAGUCGACGAUCCGGCGAUGCAAAUGGUGCUCACUUUCCUGCCGAGCAUCGUGGCACGCAUCGGAAAAGUCGAAAAGAUGCUCGAUUUUGGCGCCGGACCGACGAUCCACGUGGCAGCAUGCUUCCGUGAGACUGCGAACGAGGUAAGACGAGCAUCCGAGAGAUCUCUUGAGACGGAUGGAUAUUGGGUUACAAGCAGGAAGCGAGAGAGUCACAUGUUCCAGAUCCACCUGGCCGACUACCUGCCGCAGAACCGCGACGAGUUGAAAAGAUGGGUCAACAACGAGAGCAAGUUCGACUGGAGAGUUCCGUUGCGAAUGAUUCUGACGCGCGAAGGAAAGAGCUGGGACAAGCUGCCGGCGGUGGAGCCCGAGACCAGAGAAAAGGUAGUGCACAACAACAGCAACAAAAAGUAUCUGUGUACACUCUCUUCUUCUAGGUUAUGGACAUUUACCACUGCGACGUCUUUCAAAACCCGUCUGUUGACUGCCCCAAGACUUUGUUCGGCAACUUUGAUGUAAAUAAUCGAGGCCAGGAUUACUGUACUUACCCAGAAUUUCAGGCGGUCGUAACCAUAUUCUGCGUGGAGUACUGUAGCAACACGCUCGCCGAAUACUACGCGGCCAUCAAGAACAUCGCGGGAGCCGUGAAGAGUGGCGGGUAUCUGAUCUACGGAGGAAUCUUCGAAGAGACCUGGUGCAGCUUCGGCGGUCGCAAGUUCACGUGCCUUUAUAUCACCAAAGAGGUCAUGCUGGACGCGUUGGCCAAAGCCGGACUGUUCGUGGAGGAAGAACGCAGCUGUGUGCUCUUCGAGGUCAACGGAAUGUUCCUCGUUUGCGCCAAGAAGAAGUUCUGA